AAUGAAUACACGCUACACCAAAGAAAAGAAAAAAAUAACUAGAGAACACAAAAAAAAGUCCAAUGGACAACAACUCGUCCAGAGCAAGCCAGUGGUUACAACACUAUGAACCACACCAAGUUCAAGAGCUUAGUCCAUGCUUUGAUAGCAUUAAUAUGAUGUCUUCAUCCCUCGGCGAAGACGGUGGUAUUGUUGCCGUUCAUGAAACUGCCGGAAGGAAAUCUAGGGCUUCGAGGAGAGCCGUACCAACGACUCUCCUCAACGCAAGCCCUAGCAAUUUCCGAGCUCUAGUUCAGAAAUUCACUGGACGCUCUUCUGGUGGUGAAUCCAACCGUAGAAGGGGUCCAGUGACUCUUGAUUUCGGGUCUCCAUCUACAAUAUCUAAGGAAGCUAUCUUCCCUGUCUCCGAAGAUAGAAAGAGUUAUGAUCAUGCUCAUGCGCUUAACCAGCACGUGGGUAACGAGCAGCACCACACGACUUGGUCAGGUAAAGAAGAAACGCCGACGUAUCAGUUGGGUGAGGAGAGUAACUCCGUGUUUGAUCAACAAGAACAUGAUCAUGAUCUUUUGAGGGAAUAUUCAGGGAACAGUAGUUAUGAUGAUGGCUUGGAUCAUAUGGACUACUAUUAUCACGAUUUUUACCAAGAGACGGAAACGUUGGAGGAGUUUAUGAUGAGCGAUCUUGAUUUCUAAUAUAGCUUGUUUUUAGUAAUUAGAUGAAGAUAAUGAUGUUACUACUUAAGGGGGUAUGUAUUUGGGAAUUUUUUUUUUUUCUGGUAUAAGUCCAUUAAGCAUUUCUAAUAAUAUGUGAUAAUUUUUUUGCUUUCUGUUCCUAUAGAUCACGAAGAUUUUGUAAGUCGAUUAUCUUUACUCUAUUCUCUUGAAAUUUUGAUUUAAUAUAUAGUUCGAAACUUGACAUAAUAUGUUUUUGUCAUCA